AUGGCGGCCAGGCUGCUGGAGGCAGUGGACCUGCAGUGCUGGACCAACAACCAGCAGCACCGCAGCCAGGAGAUGGACACCGAGCGGCUGAUCCUGCGCCGCGGGCAGCCCUUCUCCCUCACGGCCCACAGCGCCGGGCCGCCCCCACAGCCCCCGGCCCGCCGGCUCGCCAUCGUCCUGCACCUGGGUAGAGACGGCGAUACUGUGAUCAAGGUGUCUGACUCCCGCGGCCCAGCAGGACAGUGGUGGUUCAGUGUGCAGCCUGCACAGGGUGAGCUCCUGCUCACUGUGCACAGCCCCCCGGACGCCCCAGUGGGGUACUACAGGAUGAACAUUGUGGUGCUCGACUCUGACGGACUCAUCCUCCAGCAGAUGCCAGCUGGCAGCUUCUUCCUGCUCUUCAACCCGUGGUGCAAAGAUGAUGCAGUACACCUGUCAGGUGAGGAGCAGUUACAGGAGUAUAUUAUGAAUGAGAGUGGGCUGCUGUUCCAAGGCUCCUGGGACCAGAUCAACACCCUGCCUUGGGAUUUUGGACAGUUUGAGAGGGACGUGGUGGACAUCUGCUUCCAAAUCCUGGACAACUCCCCGGCGGCGCUGAGGAACCCCCGGGCCGACGCUCUGAGCAGGAGCGACCCUGUCUACGUCAGCAGGACCGUCACGGCUAUGGUCAACGCCAACGAUGACCGGGGCGUGGUGUCGGGGCGCUGGGAUGGAGAUUACUCAGACGGGGUGGCGCCCACACGCUGGACGGGCAGCGUGGCGAUCCUGCGGCGCUGGAGCCGCGGUGGGGCACAGAGAGUCCAGUACGGACAGUGCUGGGUCUUCUCUGGGGUGGCCUGCACAGUGCUGCGCUGUCUGGGGAUCCCCACUCGCUGUGUGACCAACUACUCCUCCGCCCACGACACCGACGGGAACCUGACUGUGGAUCAGUGCUACAACGAGCAGCUGGAGAGUCUCCCCGCGGCCGGGAAGGACAUGAUCUGGAAUUACCACUGCUGGGUGGAGUCCUGGAUGGCACGGCCCGACCUGCCCAGGGAUUACUGGGGCUGGCAGGUCCUGGAUCCCACCCCCCAGGAGCGGAGCGACGGCGUUUUCUGCUGCGGCCCCUGCCCGGUCCGAGCGGUCAAGGAGGGCGACGUGGACGUGAAGUACGACGCGCCCUUCGUCUUCUCGGAGGUGAACGCGGACCUGGCGUGCUGGGUGGUGCGGGCGGACGGCGGGCGCUCCCGGGCAGCCCUGCAGCGCCACUCCGUGGGCAGGAACAUCAGCACCAAGAGCAUCUACGGGGAGCAGAGGGAGGACCUCACCCACCACUACAAAUACCCCGAGGGCUCUGCAAUGGAGAGGCAGGUGUACGCGAAGGCCGGGAGGAAGCUGGCUCUGCGGGGCUCCGGGGCCGGGCAGCUGGAGCUGGGCAUCAAGCAGCCCCAGGCGGUGCACGGCAGCGACUUCGACGUCUACGUGCAUGUGCGGAACCGGGGCGGCGAGGACGAGCGCGGCCAGCUCACCGUCAUCGCUCGGGCCGUCACCUACAACGGCAUCCGCCUGGGGGAGUGCCACAGGAAGACCACCAGCCUCGCCCUCCCCGCGGGUGCCGCUCACAGGGAGGUGCUGAGAGUGCGGUAUGAACAGUACGGGGAGCGUCUCUCUGAGCACCACCUGAUCAGAGUCACCGCGCUGGUGGAGCCCCACGGCCGCCCUGACGUCACCCUGCACGAGAUCAACAUCCCGCUCAGCGUGCCCCGGCUCGUCGUCAAGGUCAUCGGGGAGGCGGUGGUGUCCCAGCCGCUGAAGGCCCAGAUCACCUUCGUCAACCCCCUCCCUGUCACCCUGAGAGGCGGGGUGUUCACCACAGAGUGUGCUGGGGUGAGUUCUUCGCCUGUCCUGACUGACUCCCUGGCUCUGUCUUCCAGCGAGGAGAUCGGACCGGGCCAGACGCUCACCGUGCAGGUUUCCUUCAAGCCCUCCAAGCCCGGACUCCGGACGCUCCUGGUGGACUUCGACACCGACAAGCUGAAAGAUGUCAAAGGUCUCGCCAAGGUCAUAGUGCGGCCCAAAGCCCAGUGAGAGAAACAGGCUGCAAGACUCUUCUUUUUUUGCCUGAGGAUAUUAACAGCUGUACACUAUAAAACCAUAAAACUGCCGCAGCGAACAGAAUCGAGCAGAUUAAUUGUUUGCAUCUCAAUGUGGGCUCUAAAAAGUCUCUGAAAGCUUUUCUUUGGUGUGUAAAAAAUAACUUUUAAAUGCUUCUGAUCACUGUAGGUGACAAUUGUUUAUACACUGAAUUAUAAACUUUAUCAUUUAUACUAAAAGCCAUUAAAAUAUUAUAUUUGA